GAUGUCAUUGCAGCAGAUCUAGGCUGGUCAGCGAGAAUCAUCACCACAUGCUGGCCCCUUCCCUCAAUUUAUCGCUCGAGAUCGAAUUGAUGCAUAUUAUAUUUCAGGGAUAAAUUUGAAGAGCGAAACCAUUCAGUCAUCUCCUUUCAAUCCAACCGAACACCAACCGAACCAAAAUACAAGCAGUAUGAGCAUCAUGAACCCGUUUCGCACAUUGUCAACCCGCCGCAUUGCGGUGCUCACCUCUGCACCGCGAACAACCGUCACGGCGCAAAUGCUGAGAAACACGAGUGUUCCGUCGGCCCCGGCGUACAGCAAUGGCAAGACAUCGUCUCCAAAGUCGGCGGAAGGGCCAAGCGCCGCCAGCGGCGGAUCCCGGAGCAAAGAGGCCGCCGGGACCGGGUCGAGUCCGACGGCGGGUGUCGUCCCGGACGGCCUGGCCGAGGGUGACGCGCGCGGUCGGACAGGAGGGGGGCCUCCGCUCGAGAGCUCCCGCCACGCGCCUCCCCAGCCCAAGAUCAGCAACGCGAGCGUGCCGGGCCACCGUCCCAAGCUCACGCCCGAGCAGCAGGCCGAGGUGGACGAGCACAACCGGUCCUUCGAAAAGAAGCACGGGCUGGCGGAGCCGGCAGGAGACGACAGGGUGGAUAAGAGCUUCUGGAGUGGGAGGGGCUCGAGGUACAACAAUCCUUAAGGCCGUGGUCACGGGACUGGGUCAUAGUGAGAACGGCAAUUGAUUGUUGGGGUCACUGGGUGGUUGUGUUAUAUUGUAGUUCAUUAUGCGUGCGUUGUAACAUUACUUUUGUACUGUACCUUUGCUCUUCUCAAAAAGCGACAUUGAUUCGUCGGAGCCAGGGCCACCGCGUAUGCAUGUAAAGUACUUCUGUAGCCGGUAAGAGACUCUAUUGAAACUGUACUACGAACGGCCGGUGUGAUAG